ACAGAACUAAAAAACUGGACUUUACAAAAAAACACAGCGAUCCACCCUCGAACAAGGCUUCAUCAUCACAAAGAACUCUAUAAUGUCAGCUUCGUCUUGUACGUACGCCGACAUAUUCCCUAAACCCCCAACCAGUGCACCUUCUUGCGCAGUCCGAGUGGGCGGCGCAAACGCGACCAUUCUCGAUACCUGCUGCAACGGAGAAGUCAAUCUCAUCAGCACUUAUGCCACACCUGGUAGCUCUAGCGAUUGCUACCAAUACUGCAACGCCCCCGACGUAUCCGCUGUGCAGAGUUGCCUGGGUGAGAGCAUGAACAUGUAUGGCGUUGCGGGAGCAGGGUAUCAGUGCUUCAAUGCUGCGGAGGAAAGAAGCGUGGGGAGUGGGGGACUCGCUAUACGGUUCAGGCGCGAGAGUUGGCUUCGCAAAUUCGCGUUUGGGGCUUGGAUCGCUUGUGGUAUUCUCGCGUAUACUUGAUAUUGGAAUUGAGAUGGUAUACUAUGAUGUUAUUUUUUCGUUCUUUUGGUUAUCGCUCGUUAUUUUGGUUUAUUUAUCGUCGUCACCCAUCGCUAUUUGUAGGAUCACCUUAACUCCAACUCAAAACAAAUAAAAAUGAUAUUAUUCAAUGGCAGUCAGCUUAUCACGAUGUUAUUGAACUAGACUAUAUGUCUGUCUCGAAUAAGCCACGAUUGACUUCAGAGCUUGGUCUAUUUUAGCUCUCAUGAGAGCUAAAAAAACGGACAUAUAUCUAUGAUAAGAAAGUUACAACGCCACAAUGUUUCUUUUCGCUUUGUGAGUUCUUCCGAGUAAGUGCAAGCGGAAUGGAUUCUGUUAUGAUAUUUAUUUAUAGGAUUCUAAAGAUUAGUGGCUUAUGGUGGAGGACUGUUGUCCUUCUCUACUGUACUAUCUCGCUUCUUGAAUAUCUCGAAAGAUUAGUGGCAGACAACUACCCGGCU